UUUGGAUGAGAUGUUGAAUGUCGGGUGUCCAUACAGUUCUGGCCAUGUAGUGUACCUGUCUGUUGGACAAGGUCAUGUUAAAUUAAAUGAAAGUACCUCGCCAUUUAGAUGGGGCUUCAGAUUUUAACAUUAAAUUGGGGACUAUACUUAUUACAGAGAAUUGCAAAGAGAGUGCAAAGGGUGAAGUGUGGUAAUAAUACUGAGUGUCGCAACCAAUAGCAAGUGUCUGCACAAAUGUAUGGGUCUGCCCAUUGGGAGUUACAGACCAUGGAGUUCUAUUAGAUAAGAUACAUUUCAGUUGUACAAGAAUUUUAGUGGUACAAGAUGUAAUUAAUGGACUGGGCAUUUGGACUAAGUACAUAGCUACUUGGCCACUGGCUAAAGUACAUAGCUUGCAGUUUUACAUGAGGCUGCAGACCUGAAUGCUGGGUGAGGCUGCAGAUUGUAGCACUGCAUUCAGUUCAAUUCACAUCUAUUUAUAGUGCGUUUUCCAGAGACACUGUCACAAAGACGCUUUACAGGAAAACAGCAAAUAAGAAUUGUUGAUUGGACAGAGCCUGAAUCUCCAAAAAAAAAAAACACAAAGUGAGGUAAAGAAAACUCCCCAGUGAAAAAGAAAAAGAAUAAUGAAACAAUAGAGGGGGAAAAAAAACUUGGGGGUAAGACAUCUUGGCUGGAACCCAACUGAUGCUUCACUGACCAACCCGGUGUUAUUACAUUAAGUUUAAUACAUCAAUACAUCCAUACAUUUACAAGGUGCAUGCAAUUUGUGUUAAUGAUGCUGAGUGUUAUGACUGGGUAGAGCCAUUCUGAGUGUUGACCAGAGCUUUGCCGUUAGCAGAGAGAAGAGCCAAACAUGUUUGCUUUCUGAGGGAGCACUCGCCUACCACUGCAGAGACUCGGGUGCAGUCCCCGGCAGCGGUACUUCUGGCUUGGUCAGACAUUCCUACGAACACAAUUGGCAGUGUUUGAGGGUGGGAAGCCGGUGAGGGUAUGAGUCCUGAUUGUUGCAUUUGCGACUCCUACUGGUUGGUCGGGGCGCUUGUUCAGUGGGGAGGGAAUCUGGGGGAGAUAGCGUGAACCACUUUAUGCAAGAUAUUUUGUAUAUCGACUCCACAUGUAUCGGAGGAGGCAUGUGGUAGUUUACACCCUCCCCAGACCGACAGAGGAUAGCGCAUCAACCAGGACUGUGUGAUACACACGGGGAAUUGGUAUAACUACUAAAUUGGGGAGAAAAUGGCAAGAAAAAAAGAAAUAUAUUAGUGUCAUAUUUAAACUUAAUAUCUUAUUUCUAUUCCUUUUUUUGUUUAAUAAAACAAAAAAUAUGUGCCAAUCAGAUGUGCCAAUCAAGUUUUGUGCCAGUGCAAACAGUAACUCAAAAGCUAAUAUUUUCUAAGAAAUAUAUAUAUGUAUAUAUAUAUAUUUUUUUAAUUAAAAAUGUUUAGAAUUAAAAGAUUGUAUGUCAUAUUACAUUAUACUAUUACCAUUAGUAAAUCAUUGGUAAAAGAGGAAUUCCACACUCCAAAUAGGAUAAUUAUAUUUUUUUCUUCAUAAUACUGAACUAAAUGAAUGUAACACAAGUGGUCCACUUUAGUUCAGUGCCUGACGCAUACUGAAUGUAGUCCAGGUGGGCGGAAUUUCCUGUUACUGACAUGUUACUGCACCUCUCCGCAGUGUCCUAUCUGACAGCUUGGCCAGUGGACAAAGGGAAACAUAAAAUGUAACCUGAAGGCACAUGGCUGCCCAGAACAACAAGGGAUAGGGAAUUUGGCAGCAAAAAGUAUAUCAGUGUAGAAAGCUGUUAUCUUUUCAUAUUAAUUUCUCUUUUUUUACUGUUAGCCGUAAAGUUUUGCCUGCCCCAGGACUGUAGAUGAGCUAAACAUUUAACUCUGGUACCCUGUCAAAUAAACAGAUAGAAUAAAUAUAAUUUAACAUUCAACCUACCAGCAUGUGUAAGAGCUGUUGAAUUGUUGCAGUUGACAUAGAUUUGGUAUCUUCUGCCUGGAGGGGCUGUGUUUUGUUUGUCCUAGCUCACAAUAUGGCUUAAAUCCACUAGCCUAGAAUAACAGGCUAACCGCUUUAGCGGAGUGAAUGAUGACUGUAGAUCCCUAGCUGUCAGUGCAUUUUGUUCCUCUUCUAAAUCUGUUACCAGGAAACAAGGCGGUGUGAAAACACUACUUGGCUUCCGAGGCCCUAGUCUCAUUUGGUGUUGUUUUGGAAAGAGGCAAGCUUAAAUAGAACCUAUUAUACCCUGUUUGGCUCAGACUUUAUAGCCUUGUAUUAAUUGCAUAUCACCUACAGCAUUGCCCAAGUGGCUUUCUUAGCAGACAGGAGUCUUCAAUAUGAUGCACUACAUGGCCAAAGGUAUGUGGACACCUGACAUCCAACAUCUCAAAAUUAUGGGCAUUAAUAUGGAGUUAGUCCACCCUUUGCUGCUAUAACAACCUCCACUCUUCUGGGAAGGGUUUUUGCUACAUAUUGGAGGAUUGCUGCAGGGAUUUAUUUCCAUUCAGGGAGAGGAACAUUUGUGAGGUUGGGCACUGAUUGGGUGAUUAGGCGUAGCUUCCAGUUGGCUUUCCAAUUGAUCCCAAAGGUGUUGGAUUGGGUUGAGGUUAGGGCUUUGUGCAGUCCAGUGAAGUUCUUCCACACUGUUUUGAAAACAACAUUUCUGUAUGGACCACGUUGUGUGUCUGGGGGCAUUGUCAGACUGAAACAAGAAAGGGCCUUCCCCAAGCUGUUGGGGAAACACAGAAUCUUCUAGAAUGUGAUUGUAUGCUGUAUCAUUAAGAUUUGCCUUCACUGGAACUAAGGGGUCUAGCCCAAACCAGGAAAAACUACCCCAGAGCCCCAAGGGGUGAUCAGAUACUUUUGGUCACAUAGUAUAUAUAUCAAACAUAAAUAAGCAUCACAACUGAUCACAUAUUAUUAAAACUAAAAUGAAGAAACUGCAUGCUAUGAGUACACCUUGCAUCAAAUGUUUUGGAAAUAAGGAAAAUACUUAUAAAGUACAAUAGAAAAAUCAAUACUCCUCCCACAGUAAAGGACUGGUUCAAAUCCAGUUCCUUUCAUUAAGAUGGGUUUCUACAUAACCAUAACGUAGAGUAAUUUGCAGGUUAGCUGUACAUGGAGUUUCAUAUACAUUUUCUCACCUCUGUUUGAAAGUUGUUCUUCCUUCUGGGGAGUUUUUUUUGCCUCACUUGCUGGUUUUUGGGGGUUCAUGCUCAGUCUCUUCCAGUUGUCCUAUUUCCUGUUUUCAUGUAAAGCGUCUUUAUGACAGUGUCCCCGUAAAAAGCAAUAUACAUAUAAAAUGGAAUUAAAUAUGUACACAUUGGCCUUCCUCUUAAACAUCUGCACUUAAAAUUAAAGAAUGAUUGCAACAAUUGUUUUCCAACUCAUAUAACUUAAAAUAAAAGGAGUGUUUUAAAUAUUUCUAAUGUAUUUCUUUCACAAAAAUGUUGAGAGCUCACUCUGCAGAGAAUAUUUGUUGUUUAGGUGAAUUUAACCCCUUCUCCUAUAAGGUGGCUGGCCUAGAGUUCACUCACGGUACAACAUCACAGUAUAGGACCGUUGCAGAUAUGCAUAACAAUGUUGGACUGAAAUUUGACUGCUGUGGUGUUGUGUUGUAUCUCACUCAGUGUUUCUUUUCAGAUGACGAGACUCUUGAACUCGACGGGCUUUGGAAUCACAUGAAGUUCAGGGUGCAAAACAGAAUAGUAGGAACCCCAAAAUUUACCCUUUUUAAUGCAUAGAUGCGAGGAACCUAGGUCUAAGGGAUUGUUUUGAAACAAAAGCAUUCUAUCUGUGACCUAGGAUUCUGUGAAUGCAUUAAUUUGGACAUGGGCCAUAUUUUUCCGGUAUGAAUGCAGCAUGAAUAUCGAUGUGUUCUGUUGUUCAUGGCACUCCUAUCUGGUCCUUAGUUGUUCACUUUAGCAUGAUCCUCUUGACCUUUUAUUGGCUCUCGCUGACACACAUGGACAGCUUUCCAAAUCACACACACUACACAGCAAACUAUCCAGUGUUAAAUCAACUCUUACAGAGUACAUAUGAUCCCGCCGUGGUCCUACUCUGUACUCUGUCGGAGUUAAAUUAACACUGAACAUUUUACUGUCUACUCCCCAAGUGCACUAAUAAUAAUAAUAAUAAUAAUAAUAAUAAUAAUAAUAAAGUUUUUAGUUACUUUUGAUAGACAUUAUUUUGCAUCCAGUUGUGUCUGUUUUCCUCUACUUACAUUGUCAGGUAGUACCUGUAGAGAAAUACAGCUUGGAUGGACAACCACAGUGCAGGUACAGGCCUUUGUACAUGUCUUGACAUGUACACAACGAUGCUCAGAGAGACAGCACCCGCUGAGCAGGAAAGAAAUCAAUAUGAGGCGGUCUCUGGACGACAGUGUCUGUGAGGAGUGUGGCCCCAAGGAUGAGGAGGUUGUUAUGAGCAAGUUUCUGACAAAUUAACGAAAUGAAGGAAGAACAAUGGUACAGUAAUUUUGCGUUUGCUUUGUUCCUUGGUACGUUGACAAGUACAUUUAUUCAUGAACAAUGCUGGAAAUCACUUGCUGUUCGUAGUGUUUCCGUUUUUAUGAAUGCAAGAUGAGCACUUUCUGCUGGUGGCUGUAAAAUACAGACAGGUUAUUAUUGUGCUGUGUCACAGAGAAAGACCUGGAAAUGAAGAGUGAGAUCCUGGUUACAGCUUAUUUGAUUAUUGGUUAUAAAUGACUUAUAGCUUAAAACGUGAGGCUCUGUUUUGCAUAUACAAUCAGUGGCCAUUUUAUUAGGUACAACUAUCUAGUACUGGGUAGCACCCCCAUUUACCUCUUUAAUAGCCUGAAUUAUUUGCGGCUGUGCCAGCUGCUCUAAAUCAGGCAGCAAAUCUCCAUCCUCUGCUUGUAAAGAUAUUGGCCUUUCCAAACAAGUGGCUGGCUGUCCUGAACAGUGGGGCCACUGUUGCUGUUGGGUUUGCGUGGCUACCUCACCAUGCCCAGCAGCAAUGUGAAGAUACCUGUCAGGUGACUUGAGAGCAGACAUCCACCACCGAACUUAAUGCUUGGUCCAGACCUCCAGGGUAGCCCCCGCUGGCAUUUCUGUCUGCAUCGCUUCUUCACUCCAAUAAGUUAAAAUGCCCCCUCCUUUUAAAAAGGCCACUGUGAAAUCUCAGCUUACUCUUCCAACUUACUCAAACAAAAGUGCUUGUUUACUUCAUUCAAAUACCUCGCGGAACUUCGAGGACAAGAACAGUGUGACAGAUUUGGUCAUGGACAGGGUUUGUAAACAGUGUGUGUGUGUGUGUAUGUGUGUGUGUGUGUGUGUUGACAAAGGGUGCUGAAAUGCUAGUGCUUUUAAAGAACGACACUUUGAUGUGAUAAUGCGGCACUCAAUUACUGUGAACGUUAGAAAAUGUUUUAAAAGUAGACAUAAUUCUACUCAACCCAAAUUAGUAAAUUAGUCAAAGUAUGAAUACACAAAUCAUGAUAUAGAAUGCUAAUAUUUUACGUGGUACAUUUCAAUUCAAAUCUAUGUACGGACUGGGGUUUACAUCACCUUAAUGGCAGCAGCGUAAUGUGCAGGGUUGGUAUGCAGUGUGCUCUACUCCUAAAAUAGCUCAGUCACUGCCCGAGACUUGCUCUAAUCUCACAUUACUGAAGCCCUAACACACUGCCCCUUUAGCCAGAGCUAAUAAUCUGGCACAUAGCCAACUCACUCUCCAGGGGCCAAAUGAGGUACCAGACUUUUGCCACAAGAAAUUAUGGGAUUGAGAGCUAGAAAUUUUGUUUUCAAAAUCUGCGAUUCAAAAAAAAUAAAAAAUAAAAAAACACUACGUCCAAAUCUUCAGCCUCAUUGUUCAAAUACCAUUUAUCAACUUGUUUCGUCAUUUAUCAAAAUGUUUUGUCAGCUUUAGAUUUUGCCUACGUUGUGAUACAUGGGUAGGACCAGUAACAUAAGGCACUGCUAGUGUGAGGUUAAGGUUAAGGUUUAAUUUAUUUCCUCCCAAGGGAGAAAAUUGUCUUGGAUCAGAGAGAUACUGCAUAAAACAAAACAAGACAUCUCACAUUUCACAUUCACAGUUCAUACAUUUCAAAAACAUAUACACAAAAUAUAAACAUACAAAUAUCAAAAAUAUAAUCAAAAUAUCUCUCAGCAUUACAGGUUGAAGCUGAGAAAGGGCUUCUGCUUUAAAAAUGAAUUACAUAAUCAUGCUGUUAAACAGUGCGUGAGGCUUUUUGUCUAAGCACUCUAUUUAUGAAAGCGUAAGUUUUCAGUUUAAUGGCUGAAGAGGGCAUGACAAUGAGCUAAAAUCCUAGUGCAACUCCAAUAGCUUGGCUGUGUGGGUAAUGUCUUUUCAUCCAAGCAUUUUUUUUGUACUUCCUUUAAUUUUUGGUUGUUGGCCACAAUAUUCCUGCCAGGAGUUUUCCAGUGCGCCGAGGAGCUCUUCCUUAGAGAGCAAGCCUGCCGAAUCCAGUUCAAGGAGUUUGCCCGCAAAAACGCUGCCAAUGCCUUGUCCAUGGCCAACAUGGUCAUGGGUAUGAUAUCCAUUCUGUGCAGCCUGGAAGGGCACUGGUAUGCUGCAUGCUGGUUGGUUCUGAUAGGCUACCUGCUGGAUUUGGCAGACGGAGCAGUUGCUAGGCAACUGGAUGCGUGCUCAGCACUGGGUGCCAAGCUGGAUGACUUUGCUGAUUUCACGACGUUCGGGAUUGCCACGGCGUUGCUCUUGAGGACUGGCAGCUUAAUGGACAACGUCCUCUGCAUGUGCUACGUCUUGUCUGUCUUCACACGCCUCUGCUUCUUCUCCAGCGGGAUCCCCUUCAUGUACCAGGGCCUCCCCUGCCCCUACGCAUCCGCCAUCCUGGCCUGUACCUCCCUGCUGUCCGGGGGCAACAUGCUGGUGCUGCGGGUCACCGCCGUGGCCAUGAUCUUCUUCAUGGUGAACCAGGGCUUCUACCCCCACGACCGGGUGCUGGAGUCCCAGGCCUGGAAGAAGGCUGUGUAUGCUGGAGGAGUUGCCAUGGUGUUCUGUUCCUCCUUUCCUCCCGCGUGCAUUUACUACCUGCUGUGGUCGGUGUCCUACAUUUUGUUCCCAACAACAUUGUGGAGCUGCAAAAUGUAACAAUGGACGGAGUGUAGCGCAGUGGGUAAGGAACUGGGCUCGUAACCAAAAGGUCGUAGGUUCGAUUCCCGGGUAAGGACACUGCCGUUGUACCCUUGAGCAAGGUACUUAACUGGAAUUGCUUCAGUAUAUAUCCAGUUGUAUAAAUGGAUACAAUGUAAAAUGCUAUGUAAAAAAUUGUGUAAGUCGCUCUGGAUAAGAGCAUCUGCUAAAUGCCUGUAAUGUAAUGUAAUGUAACAAAAGGCCGGAGGCCUAGUCUCAGACUCUCUCAGCAGGCGCAUGGAAGGCUGGCCUGAGUUUACUAAACAAGCCUCCGACGUGCUGCCUCCUGUUUCCGUGGAGAGUGGAAACACAAACACCAUGGAGACUACCUUUUCUCUCGCGUAAUGCUUUGAAACGAUUAACUCCUCUGAUUCCUGACCUAUGAAAUUGAAAGCAUCGCCUGGAGGAUUCCUCUUUCUGGUGGGGGUGCAUUUAAUUGUUGAAAUUUGGAUUGGAAUUUUACCAAAUUGUUAUUAUUAGUUUUUUUUUUCUGUUUGUUGUUCCCUAAAAUGAGACAUUAUUGAUUCGAUGGCAAGUCUUCCAAAAACUAGAAAGAAUUACUUCAUUUUCUUAUGAUGUUUUACUGUGGGUCACAGAAAGAGGCCUUGAAUAUUGUGUACGUGCUGUCUGUUAUCCUCCCUUUAGUACACAUCUGAAUGCGAAAAGUUCAAGGGAAAUACUACUUAUACCUCUGUGAUUCACAUAGCUAUAAAUAUCAGGGAACUAGCAAGCAAACCGCAGUUUUACCUUUUGCACAAGGUUCUUUCUCGUUUCCAUGUGUCACAGUCAGUUGUGAAUCCCAGAAUUGUACAUGUUUAGCUAAUUAGAACCCAGCAUUUCAAGGUUUCAUAAAAUCUCACUAAUGGAAAUGCAGCUACAGAUAAAUCACUCUGCUAUGGCAAUUACCUUGCUCAAGGAUGUAUCUGUCACAAGGUUUUUAAUUUUAAUAACACAGUUUUAAUGCAGUGAUCAUACAGUAUACUGGUGGAGUUAUAGUGCAUGUCUUAUUGUCUUAUUUGUAUUUUCAGCACAUUUUUGUUUUUGGUAUUGACUGGUAAACAUCAGAUGACAGAUGACAAAAUUGCAAUUCCCAUGGUUAAUGCAGAAGUUUCAGUAGACACAGUCCCUUAUUUUAGGAAGUUUGAAUGUAUUUUCUCUGAUGUCAAAUUCUGCACAGGGUGUGCAUCGCCCAUCAGCUUCAAGGAAUGUUUGUGUUUCUAGUCUUUUAAAGAGCAAAAAUGGGGGACUGUCCAGAAUCCUUUAGUGGACUUAUCGCUGUUAAAAUAAAACAAUGUUUGUAAGUGUAACCAAAUGUUUUCACUAGGUUUUGCAUAUUAAUGUUGGUUCCACUUUAUGCAAGAUUCUUUGCAGUUGGAAAUAUAGUCACUAAAGACAGACAAGGAUUUCCUGAAAAUCUAAAUGGUUGUUCAGUUGAAUAAUAAUGGCAACUACUUCAGAUACAGAAAAUCAGUCUCUGUAUAAUGAAUACCUUUGACUGUCUGAUGGAAGUUUGGAAUGCCCAGCAAAUCAGUUAAUAAAAAACAGAUCUCUCCCUCAGAGGCACAGUUUGGGGGACAAUCAAUUUUUGUGAAUUUUCAAAUUUGUGAGUUCAAUGACAUUUAGAGUUUGAAGACAUUCUGUUUCUUUGAGAUACUAUGAAGUGAGUUAAACUGGCCAUAUUGCAUGAAUACAUUACAAAUCAAACAUAUUAUUUGAAAUAAGACACAUAUGGUGUGAAUGGACUAUCCAGACAAUAAUUAAACAAUGAACAGUGAAAUGUCACCAGUGUCUGUGUAAUGAUUACUGAGGGAUGCUCACACUGGAGCCAAGUUUUUUAAUCAGACCAAGGUGUGACCUUUCACAUCUGAUUUUCUCUGUUCUAAAUGGCUAGUUUUGGAGAACAGUGCUCUCCAAGGCAGUCGGCCGAAGGAUUCAAAGAGCACAACCACCUUUCCCUUUAUUUGUUGGACAGAGGAUUGUUGGUGUCAGGCCCCUUGGGAAAGGGAAGCCGUGGCAUUCAGUGACAUUUUACUUUCUGUACUGAAGUCAUUUUGAAAAUGUAAGCGGGGACAUCAGAUAUUCAGUUUACUUCAAAUGACCUGGUUUUUAUUUAAUGUUUAGUUCAUGCAUGUGACCUGAUGCAAUGUUAUUGUGAUGUAAUGCUACAAUGGCUGCUAUAAGAUUUCACAGCACUUGUUUAACGAAAUGCUCGGUUAAUGUACUAUCUGUGAUUAACAUUAUCGCCCCAAGUGUUUCCAUUGGCGCGACCAAACAAAUUUUAGUGAAGAGUUGGGACAGCUAGCCACUGUUUCAAGGGGUGCGUUUUUUUGUGGCUCGUGGCAUUCUUUUUUUUUUACAGCUGAAUUUGCAGCGUUUUUGGCAACAGUUAAUUUUACCACAAAGAUAUGUGUUUUAGGACCUUUGUCAGAUCUUUUCAUUUAAUAAUUUGCUGAUUGCUGAUUUUUUUAUUUUAUUUUAUUUCUUGAAUCAGUUGAAAUACUUGUGGGUAUAUUCAAGAAUGGACUGUGCUUUGCUAAGAGUGUACAUUGAAAGUCAGGGGGUAAAGGAACAACAUACUUUAUUAAAAUACAACCUGCAGUGUUUUAA